AUGGCAAUUCCUCAAGUUGCAUGGAUGCAGCACAUUGCUAGUCAGCCUGAGUGCAACUUCACUGUGACACAACAGCCUCUAAGAGCAUCAUACACCCACCCUGGCCUCAGCUAUUGUGUAUUUGACAGAGAUGGGAACAUUGACGUUUUCAGGCUCCUGUCCUUUAUUGCUGACAUGCGCUUUUUUCCGGAGUAUUACUCCUACACAGACCAAGAGAAUAAGUGGUUUCAGUGGGAUGGAGUCCUGCAUGAUCGCACCCUGGUCACCUCAUCUCUGCAAGUUGCCUUGUCAAGGAACAUACAUAACUAUCAAGUGCCUAAGUGGCCUUUACAAGCAGAAGUGACUCUAGGAUAUGUUGGAAAGUCCUCCUUAUCAAUUUCACUUGCUGUGUACGGUUCUAUAAGCCCUGAGCCAUUGCUGACCCAUCUUAUCCAGUUUGUCAGCAUAGAUACAGAGACCAGAAAACCAAUGCCUUUUCCUGAUUGGUUCAUGAACAAAUACACAAAGCAGUGCUCAAUGGAAGCAGGUUUUCGUGUUGAGACUUUUCCCAGACCAGCAAAGACUUUCAUGCAAAGGAGAGAGCAGAAGUGGGAGCAAGUUCAGCACAUGAACUGCGGCUUAUCUAAUUCUGGUUCUCAGGAGUCAGUAGUUCCAGUGCCUCAGAUAACAAAGAGUCGUGGAGGCCUGAGAGAGGGCAUGAGAGACAUGAUCAGAGAUGGCCUUAAGGUCUUAAACAUUUGUUACGUGAAUGAGUGUCAUGAAGGCGACAUCAUUGACGUCCAUGUCUGGCAGGAAGACAGUGAAGCCUGCACUGUUCGAUGUUCUAUAGAGAAAGGAUCACAGUUAUUGUGUCAGCUAAGAUUAGAGUAUUUUGCUCCACUGGCAAAACUCUGA